UAUGUUUGAGGGGUGAUUGUGCAUUCCCCCUCUCAUACCCCACCUGAGUUUUUGUUGUGGAUGAUUCUUGGGACGUGCAGUGCCCACGAGGAGUUACACCAGAUACACUUUCUCUAUUCCACAUGCACAUCACAGCAAGAGCUCUUAAUGCCAUUUUCCAUCAUUGGGGUCUUCCUGUUACUUCUUAUGACUGGAACAUAAGUGGAGACCCAUGUAGUGGGACUGCCGUUGAUUCAUCAAUAAUCAGCAACCCUGGGAUCAAAUGUGAUUGCCCAUCCAACGGUGGAGGCACCUGCCACAUAACCGAAAUGAGUGUGCGGCUGUACUCGAUAGAGAGACGGGUUAUUCCGGAAGAGCUCCGGAACCUGACAUUCCUUACAAAUCUGACUCUAUCAGAUAUGGGCAUGGAGGGCUCCCUGCCAUCAUUUAUCGGUAAUUUUAGGCACCUGCGCUACCUGGAUAUAAGCGGCAAUAACUUCAAUGGUUCGCUCCCACCUGAGAUAGGGACUUUGCCAAGUCUGGAGCACUUGGAUAUAAGCUCCAAUGGCUUCAACGGUUUGCUCCCACCUGAGCUGGGGAAUUUGUCAAGUCUGCAAGAAUUAUACAUGAGUAUAAGCGGGAUAGGCAGCGAGAUUCCUUCAACAUUUGCUAACUUGAGAAACAUGAAGAUCUUGUGGGCAUCUGGUAGCCAGUUGACAAAGAUACCUAAUUUCAUUGGGAAUUGGUCUCUUACGGAUUUGGAUGUGUCAAAUAAUUCCAUAACGGGUCCCUUUCCAGCAUUCAUCGGCAACAUAACCAGCAUGCUCACCUUGGAUGUCUCAGAAAAUAACAUGACGGGUCCCUUGCCAGCAUCUAUCGGCAAUUUAAAGAACUUGAGCUUCCUGGAUAUAAGCUCAAACAACUUCUCUGAUUCACUCCCACCUGAGCUGGGGAAUUUGACGAGUCUGGAAAAACUGGAUUUGUCACAAAAUUACAUAACGGGUCCCUUGCCAGCUUCUAUCGGCAAUUUAAUGAACUUGAAUUCCCUGGAUUUGUCACAAAAUUACAUAACGGGUCCCUUGCCAGCUUCUAUCGGCAAUUUAAAGAACUUGCGUGACCUCUCCGUUAGCAUGAAUGCCAUAUCAGGGAGCAUCCCCAAAGAGCUAGGAAACCUUCGGAAUCUAACGUCCUUGGAUAUAAGCUCAAACAACUUCUCUGAUUCACUCCCACCUGAGCUGGGGAAUUUGACAAGUCUGGAAAACCUGUGGGCAUCUGAUAACAACUUCACAGGAAAGAUACCUGAUUUCAUUGGGAGUUGGGCUCUCACUGAUUUGAGGAUGCAAGGCAAUGCCUUCGAGGGUCCCAUACCAUCCAGUUUUUCUAAAUUGACCAAAAUGGAAUAUUUGUUGAUCUGUGAUGUGUCUAAUGGGAGCUCCUCGUUGAAUUUUAUUGAGAAUAUGACAUCUUUAUCUACCUUAGUCCUAAGAAACAAUAUGCUUUCUGGUACUAUACCAUUCUUUAUUGAAAACCAUCAAUCAUUGAAGAUCAUGUGA